AUGAUUCCCGAACAAAUCGAAGCUUACGUUGUUGAUGACGUAUCAAAGCAAACUUUUCGCAAGGCACAAAUUGAUGUUCCACAAUUACAAUCUCACGAUGUCUUGGUGAAUAUAGAAUGCUGUAGUGUUUGCCAUACUGACUUUUUCUGCCCUGCAGGAAAAGCUCCUGGUCAUGAAUUUAUUGGUAAAAUUGUUGCAGUUGGAAGUAAUGUGGUAAAACUCAAGGUAGGCCAACGUGUUGGUGGAGGUUGGCAAUUAGGUUCUUGCCAAAAUUGCAACGUUUGCAAUGAUGGUAAACAACACAUUUGCCCAGAGAAGACUAAUUUUAUAAAUGCUCCAAUCGGUGGAUUUGCUGAAUAUGUCGUUUGGGAUUCUCGUUUCCUUUACGAUAUACCCGAAACAAUGUCAUCUGCCGAUGCAGCUCCUUUACUUUGUGCCGGAAUUACAGUAUAUGCUCCUCUUGCUAAUCAUAAUGUUCAACCUGGAAGCCGCGUUGGCAUUCUAGGUGUCGGUGGUCUUGGCCAUCUCGGUAUUAAAUUUGCAAAAGCUUGGGGUUGUCGAGUUGUCGCUUUAUCAACUAGUUCUAACAAGGAAAAGGAAGCUCGUGCAUUCGGCGCUGACGAGUUCGUUGUCACGAAAGACGCAGAUCAGCUGAAGUCAUUAAAGCCUUUAGACAUGAUCAUCAACACCGUUAGUGCAAACCUCGAUUACGAAAGUUAUAUUAAUUUAUUAGCACCACGAGGUAAAUUCGUUGUUAUUGGUAUUGCAAGUAAGCCCCUUCAAGUGAACGGUGGAUUAUUAAUCGGAUCGGAAAGAAGCAUUGUUGGUUCUCUUGUUGGUUCACCAAUAAUGAUGCAGAAGAUGCUAAAUUUUGCAGGCAUGCAUAACAUCUCGCCGCAAUUAGAGAUCUAUCCUAUGGAUGUGGAUCAUUGUCACACUGCAUUUGAGCGUAUCGAUCAAAAUUUAGCUCGCUACCGUAUUGUGUUGACAAAUUGUAAUUUCGAAUUGGAUAGUUUUCACUUCUAG